AUGAGGCCUAAUAAUAGUGAUGCCCCCUUCUUGCUGAAUGGCUUCCCAGGUCUGGAAGCAGCUCAUCACUGGAUCUCCAUCCCCUUCUUCGCAGUCUAUCUGUCCGUGCUUCUUGGCAAUAGUACCCUCCUGUACCUCAUCAAGGAGGACCCCAGUCUUCACGAACCCAUGUACUAUUUCCUUGCCAUGCUGGCGGGCACCGAUCUGACAGUGACACUGACCACGAUGCCAACCGUGAUGGGCGUGUUAUGGGUGAACUACAGAGAGAUAAGCCAUGGAGCCUGCUUCCUGCAGGCCUACAUCGUUCACUCACUUUCUAUUGUUGAAUCGGGUGUCUUGCUUGCCAUGGCCUAUGACCGGUUCAUUGCCAUCCGCUCCCCUCUGAGAUACAAUUCCAUUCUUACCAGUUCCCGGGUGAUGAAGGUAGGACUGGGGUUACUGAUGAGAGGUUUUUUAUCCCUUGUGCCCCCAGUCCUGCCACUGUUUUGGUUCCCAUAUUGCCGGUCACAUAUUCUUUCUCAUGCUUUCUGCCUCCAACAAGAUGUGAUGAAACUCGCCUGCGCUGAUAUUACAUUCAAUCGAAUAUACCCAGUUGUUCUGGUUGCUUUGACUUUCUUCCUAGAUGCUCUGAUCAUUUUCUUAUCUUAUAUCCUCAUUCUCAAGACUGUUCUGGGCAUUGCCUCUAGAGAGGAGCAAGCUAAGGCACUGAACACUUGCGUCUCUCAUGUGAGCUGUGUCCUAGUCUUUUACAUCACCGUGAUUGGCCUCACUUUUAUUCACAGGUUUGGAGAGCACGCACCCCACGUAGUCCAUAUUACCAUGAGCUAUGUCUAUUUUCUCUUUCCCCCGCUCAUGAACCCUAUUAUCUACAGCAUCAAGACCAAGCAGAUUCAGAGAAGCAUCGUUCGCUUAUUUUCCAUGCACAGUAGAGUCUGA